AUGAUGGGUGUGGUCCCCUCCCCCCUAGAGAUUCUAUGGGAGACCAGAGGACACAACAGAGCCCCUGCCAACCGGGUCACCAUUAAAUUGGGAGUCCCCAGUGGUAAAGUCUAUGGUUUCGAGAUUGACACAUCUUGCUUCAACAAAAACCACGGUCCAGCAGUCACCGCCGAGGGCACCUUCCUUGACGGCAGCCACCUAGACGCAAAUACACCAGUGAGGAAUACUCACAAUGCGGGAGUGUGGCCCUUCCCAGAGACACAUCUGGAAGCUAAGCUCUCCCACUACCAAAGCCUAUUCUCAUGUCCGUCUCAAUAUAUUUCCCGAUAG